GCUCAAACGUGCGAGGUGACGUUUAGCGGCGCUUGCUUCAGCACUUCCUUUUGCUCGUUGGCAGGGAUCGAGGCAGCAUGAAGGCAUCGGGCACUCUGAGGGAGUAUAAGGUCAUUGGGCGCGGUUUGCCCUCGCCUAAGCUUCCUUCUCCCCCUUUGUAUCGCAUGAGAAUUUUCGCACCCAAUCAUGUGGUUGCCAAGUCCCGGUUCUGGUAUUUUAUUUCCCAGCUCAGGAAAAUAAAGAAGGCCUCUGGAGAAAUAGUGUACUGUGGACAGGUAUUUGAGAAAUCUCCACUGAAAGUUAAGAACUUUGGUAUCUGGCUACGUUAUGACUCUCGUAGUGGAACACACAACAUGUAUAGGGAAUACAGAGAUUUGACCACCGCUUCUGCUGUAACGCAGUGCUAUCGUGACAUGGGGGCUCGUCAUCGUGCUCGUGCUCACGCAAUUCAGAUCAUGAAGGUUGAGGUUAUUCCUGCCAACAAGUGUCGUAGACCUGCCAUCAAGCAGUUCCACGAUUCAAAGAUCAAAUUCCCUCUUCCACACAGAGUUCUGCGUCGCCAGCACAAGCCCCGCUUCACCACCAAGAGACCAAAUACAUUCUUCUAAAGGAAAAACUUUCCUUGUUCUGUGGUCUAAUAAACUUCUUAUUUGGA